ACACAGGAGUCCAACUUUUAACAGCAAGGCACAGAGGCGCUCUCUUAUUUUCUGAUGACGGACUAGUGGGAGAAGAGACGCCUGUUCAUUCGGCAUUGCUUGCUACAGCUCUACGCAAAAGAUACAUGUGGAUUUUUUCCAGGUUCGAAUGAAGCUUAGCCUAUAGGCCUAUACAUUUGUGUCAAACAUUUAAGGAGAUCUGAAAACUUGUCGUUUUCCUUUGAUGUUCUGCAGUCUUUUACGCACGCAGUUUCCUACGCAAGUAUCCUAGCGUAGACUAGUUGCAUUAAUACAGGCCAACUAUAUUCAUUCAGAUUUUCUUGGAGUAAAUCAACAAUAUAGGCUACACGGACAAGUAUGUGGGGAAUAACGAGGACGCGAUAUGCUGAUUGCAAUGGCUCGGAGGCCAGUGAGGAGAACGGGAUUGUCCUGAACAUCGGUGGAGUAAUACAGGUGUUGUGUGGGGAUGUGCUGAACCGUUUUCCGGAGACCCGACUAGCGGAACUGUGGAACACCUCCAAGGGGUGUUUGGAGGACUUAUCCUCGCUUUGUGACGACUAUGACUCAGGGAAAUGUGAAUUUUAUUUUGACAGAGACCCGGACGCGUUUAAGUGUAUAAUUGAGCUGUAUUACUACGGGGAGAUACAUAUUAAACGGGGUAUCUGUCCAAUUUGUUUCGUAAAGGAGAUGGAGUUCUGGAAAAUCGACUUAUAUUUCCUGGACGAUUGCUGUAAAGGCGACCUACAGGAGGCGGAGGACGAGCUUGCAGAGAUUGCCGAGAAGGUUCAAACUAUUCUGGUCGACCGGGAAGGGGACCCCUCUGCCAGGGGCUGGCAAUGUUUCCAAAUGUGCUUGUGGAAGCUUUUGGAGAAGCCGGAGUCGUCGCUGUCCGCGCGCGUCAUCGCCAUAGUGUCUUUCCUCUUCAUCCUCAUCUCCUCGGUGGUGAUGUGCGUAGGCACCAUCCCUGACCUGCAGGUGGAGGACGCUGAGGGCAAUCACAUGGAACACCCGAUCUUGGAGGCCAUCGAGACCACGUGUAUCGGCUGGUUCACCGUUGAAUACGUCCUGCGCUUGAUAUCGUCCCCGAAUAAAGUGAAAUUCGUCCUGUCCUUCAUGAACAUCAUAGAUUUCAUGGCCAUCAUGCCCUUUUACGUGGUGCUGACUUUGACGUCUCUGGGCACGGCUAUGAUGGAGCUGGCUAAUGUGCAGCAGGCGGUGCAGGCGCUGCGCAUCAUGCGCAUUGCGCGCAUUUUCAAGCUGGCGCGCCACUCCUCUGGGCUGCAGACUCUCACCUCGGCCCUGAAAAGCAGCUUCAGCGAGCUGGGGAUGCUGCUCAUGUACAUGGGCGUGGGCGUCUUCUUGUUCUCGGCACUGGCCUACACCUUGGAGCAGAGCCACCCGGAGACCAUGUUCACCAGCAUCCCGCAGUCCUUUUGGUGGGCCGUCAUCACCAUGACCACCGUGGGCUAUGGAGACAUCUACCCCAAGACCACGCUGGGUCGGUGCAACGCGGCCGUCAGCUUCCUCUGCGGGGUGAUUGCCAUCGCCCUGCCCAUACACCCUAUCAUCAACAACUUCGUCAUAUUCUACAAUAAGCAGCAGGUGCUGGAGACCGCGGCCAAACACGAGAUCGAACUGAUGGCGCUGCGUUCCAGCGAGGCAUAUGCAGAGGAGAGCGGGCCCCACAUACAGCGCAGAUCAGUCGGUGUCGCGGCCGGAGUGUGGGACAAUGCCAUGCGCUCCUGUCACAGUGACACCUACAUUCCCCUGCUGAAAGACCCCAGAGCAGGAGUACAAACCCCAAGCUUGGACAGGAGCUUUGACAGUUCAUAGCUGAGUCAAAUCACAAAUCACUCUUCACAGCGCACAGCUUUAAUGGACCUACAGUAUAUGCCCCAAAAACAUCCAUUGCGAGAUCACAAAUGAGAAUAAAAUCACGAUAAAGAACUUGAUGACCCAUUGUAAAAUGUCUCAAAAUAUAAGUUCAUUAGUGUAUUAAUGUCACUUUUCCUAAAUACAUGAACACAUAAUUUGAAAAAAAUAUAGAAAGAAAAGACAAUACAAGUAUAUGGGUGAUGCAAUAGUGUAAAUAAUAGAGUAGGAACUUGUGGUUAUUGUAAAUGUAGACCAAAGUGGUUGGUUCAUGUUUACGCUGGAACAUUGGUCACCAACCAGGAGUCUCCAACCAGGAGCCACCAACCAGGAGUCUCCAACCAGGAGUCUCCAACCAGGAGUCUCCAACCAGGAGCCACCAACCAGGAGUCUCCAACCAGGAGUCUCCAACCAGGAGCCACCAACCAGGAGUCUCCAACCAGGAGCCACCAACCAGGAGUCUCCAACCAGGAGUCUCCAACCAGGAGUCUCCAACCAGGAGCCACCAACCAGGAGUCUCCAACCAGGAGUCUCCAACCAGGAGCCACCAACCAGGAGUCUCCAACCAGGAGCCACCAACCAGGAGUCUCCAACCAGGAGCCACCAACCAGGAGUCUCCAACCAGGAGUCUCCAACCAGGAGUCUCCAACCAGGAGCCACCAACCAGGAGUCUCCAACCAGGAGCCACCAACCAGGAGUCUCCAACCAGGAGCCACCAACCAGGAGUCUCCAACCAGGAGUCUCCAACCUUUUCUAGCAUGAGAGCUACUUUUAAAAAACGAAACAUGUGGCUAGUUACAGUUUUUUUUCUAGCUUUCAAAUAGGCACAUUCUUCUCUUCUCCCCUCCCAUGCACCUCUUCCUCAGGUCCUUGAAGAGAAAGUAUUGCACUGUUUUCACUCUCAGUAUACCUGGUAAAAUAUUUUUAAUAAACAACUCUAAGGGGAGCCCUAUAAAAUAUGUGAUUUCUUCCCCAAAUUCCUGGUUUUAGAUAUUAUAAUUUUUUGUUCACUCUCAAAAUUACAAUUGUUCAUGGAGAAACAGCCCAUGUCAAUGCUUAAAUCACAUCAAAAUAUUGUAUUUUUUACGUCUGGAAGAAAACGAACACAUUUCGAUUUUUGAGUGCAUUUCCCCUUUAAUUGAACAUCUGACCCUUUAAUUGCUCAUCUGCAAGUGAGGAAUGUGCUGUCUAAUGUGCUGGUCUAGUGAUGGUUCUGUACCACUACUGCUCAUUUCAUGGCAAUUUUAGAAAAUAACAAAUAAUAGAUACAAAUUAUAUACUUACUCAUGAUAUACUUCUGCCAGGUACUUUAAUUUGCAGUUAACAUUUAAUUGAGAAGGUUUUGGGGAAAGUAUUUCUGUCAACCCACAAGUGGGAUAAUGUCAAUGUUGCUUUGACUGCGUAGUAGCUGGGAGCUUACGGUGUCUGAUAAUUGUGAGAUUUAUAAUUGUGUGUAUGCCUAUAGCCGAGGCUACAUGACAGUCAUCUCAUCUGUGAUUGUGUAAGGUCUAAGUGCUGCAAGAACAGUACUCUGUCACUCCUCCUCUUUAUAACCUUGGACUGACAGUCAAAUUGACCUAAUCACCGGUGUAUUGAUAAGCGGGUAGACGUGGUGCUGAACAGCGCCACUGCAUAAAGUUAUACAGUGUAUCUAAUUUUCCUCUGUAAAAAAAGUAUAUUAAAAGUGAAUUAACUAUGAAUGUCUAUUCUCUAUUGCAUUUUUUUCUAUAGGCACUAGAUGCUCCUAUAUCUACAGAUAUACAUGUAUAUAUCC